AUGAAGCUGUCGCGUGUUUCAGUCUCGUCUCCUGAGAGGACGGAUGGGACGGGGACGGGUUCUCCCAGGACAGAAGGUCAAGGAGGGGUGAGGUCAGAGGACAGCGUCUCUAAAGGGGACAACUUCCCUAGUUCGCCUAUAUUGUACAGAAUCCCUGGCGUCCCUAAAGAGGACAGCGUCCCAGCCGAGAAGACGCUGUUGCGAGUCCGGACACAGUUUGUGGCCCGAGUGUCUGAUGCACUUCUGAACCAGGUCCUGGAUUAUCUCCUUGAGCGUGGAGUUCUAUCUUACAGUGAAAUGGAAGGAAUCCUAACCAGAACCGGAACCAGAACCAGAGCAGACAAAGCCCGAGACGUGGUGGACACUGUGAUAAAAAAAGGACGUGAGGCCAGCUCACUUCUGGUCUCUGCUCUCUGUGAGCUGGACCCGGUCCUGUCCAGAGAGCUGGGAUUAAGGUGAAGAUGUCGACCUGUGGACAGAGAUGAUUAAUCUCUCCAAUAACUGGCUGGUACCCGGGAUUUUAACGUAGUCCUGGUUUCAGCCACUAGAUGGAGGCAGAACGUCACGGAUCCACAAACCA